AUGCCUCUCCCAACGAAAGACCUCUUCCCAGGUGGGGGACCCAUGUUUGGCAAGUUCAGCAGCAGGAGAAGCGUCGUGCAUAGCACCAAGGGCAUCGUCGCUUGCACCCAGCCCCUGGCAGCCAAAUGCGGCAUCGAGAUCCUCGACGCCGGCGGCAACGCAGCUGAUGCUGCAGUCGCGGUGGCAGCCGGCAUGAACAUGACGGAGCCCUGCUCCACGGGCAUCGGCGGCGACAUGUUCUGCCUGUUCUACGACGCCAAGACCUCCAAGGUCAGCGCGCUCAACGGGUCCGGGCGGUCGGGCGGCAAGUGCACCCUGGACCAGCUCCGGCGGGACAUCGGCCGCGAUGUCCCUGACAUCCCGGACCGCAGCGUGCACGCCGUGACGGUGCCGGGCGCGGCGGCCGGGUGGGUGGACACGGUCGACCGGUUCGGGUCCGGCAGGCUCAGCAUGGAGCAGAUCCUCGCGCCGGCGGUUAAGCUGGGCGAGGGCGGCUUCCCCGUGGGCGAGCUGACGUCUGAUAUGUGGACCAGGUCAGAAGGCCUAAUCAAGGGGGCGAGCGCCAACGGCGCCGAGAUGCUCAAGGCGGACCCGGCGGCGGCCGGGGGGUGCAGGGCGCCGGGGCCGGGCGAGAUCAUGAAGAACCCGACGCUGGCGAGGACUUUCCGGACGCUCGCCACGGAGGGGAAGAAGGGCUUCUACACGGGGCGCAUUGCGGAGGCGAUCGUCGAGGUGGUGAAAGCCAAAGGCGGCCACCUGGAGCUGGAAGACCUCGAGGACCAUCUCGAGCGGGGCAGCGAGCCCGUGGAGCCCAUGUCGCUCAAGUUCAGGGGCCAGGGCCUGCAGAGGGGCAAGAAGCGGCAGUCGGACGGCACGGUCAAGGACAGCGACGUGGACGAGGGCGACAAGGGCGUCGAGCUCUGGGAGCACCCGCCAAACGGGCAGGGCAUCGUGGCGCUCAUGGCGCUGGGCAUCAUGCAGGAGCUCGAGAGGCAGGGCGAGAUCCCGACCUUUACGGCGGACAAGCACAACUCGGUCGAGUACCUGCACGCCGUUAUUGAGUCGCUGCGCAUCGCCUUCGCCGACGGCAACUGGUGGGUCGCCGACCCCAACGUCUCCCAGGUCCCCAGCGCCGGGCUCGUCGACCCGGCCUACCUCGCCCAGCGCGCCAAGCUGUUCGACAAAACGAAGGCGUCCAGCGCCUCCCUCGACCGCGGGUCGCCGGCGCUGCAGAGCAGCGACACGGUGUACUUUGCCGUGUCCGACGCCCAGGGCAACGCCAUCUCCUUCAUCAACUCCAACUACGAGGGGUUCGGGACGGGCAUCAUCCCCAGGGGCUGCGGCUUCACGCUGCAGAACCGCGGCGCCAACUUCGCUCUCGGGCCUGCGGGCCACCCCAACCUCUACGCGCCGCGCAAGCGGCCCUACCACACCAUCAUCCCGGGCCUGGUGACCAACGUCGGGGACGGCUCGCUGCACAGCGUCUUCGGCGUCAUGGGCGGCUUCAUGCAGCCGCAGGGCCACGUCCAGGUGCUGCUGGGCCAGAUCAUCGGCAAGCUGAGCCCGCAGCAGGCGCUGGAUGCCCCGAGGGUGUACGUCUCGCCCAAUACCGACGGGGGGCCCGUUACCGUCCACGUGGAACGCGGCAUUUCGGAGCAGGUCGUCAACGGGCUGAAGGCCCUGGGCCAUUAUGUCGACGGACCCGUAGGCGGUCUUCAAAGAUCGAUGUUCGGGAGAGGGCAGAUCAUCAGGUGGACGGUUGAUCCGGUCGAAGGGACCGGGGUUUGGUCCGCCGGCAGCGACCAGCGGGGUGAUGGGGCAGCCUAUCCUGUGUGA